UUCUCUAGCCACCUAUAUAUGUGUGUGUCACAUACACAACCUCAAAACAAAGAAACUAUUCUUUCAAAAAAUUAAUUAAGAGAUAGGCAUCACCUUUACGAAGUCAGAAUCGAAUCAUUCUGUUGGCAUCUUCAAUUCAAUCAACGACGUAAAGCGAGUAGUUAAAGAGAACUACCUAGCUGAAUUUGAAUCGGCACAAUCUCUAUACAAAGUCAGAAUCAAACCUUUCUAUUAGCUUUUUGAAUUCGUUCAAGGACAUAAAACGAGUACUUAUGGAGAAGCCAUGUAAGUCAUCAUCAAAGAAGAAAACAAUCUUCAAAUUAUUACCAAAAGCAGCAGCAGCAGCAAUAUUUGUACUACAAAAUGCACAUGCACCUUUUAGUCCAAGCAGAGAAAAAAGAUUAGCAGCAGAACAUCAACACAAAAAUCAUCAUCAUAAAGGAUUUUCAGGCACAAUCAUACCAGUAAUUCCAUCCCACCAAUCGGGUCGAAAAUCGGAGCCCGGUUCGCCUAAAAUUUCAUGCAUGGGGCAAAUCAAAUACAAUAAAAAGAAGACGAUGAAUCGCAUCAAUAGUAGCAAAAAAGGUACUAAUAAUAAUAAUAGUCAAAAGUUCGUUACGAAGAAAUCUAUGACUGGUUUUGGAAAUAUGUUUGGUAGAAAAUCGAAAUUGAUAUCGAGGCAAAAAUCAGAUGUGACAUCUGAAAAUAUUAUUUGUAAUAAGCUUCCUAAUAGGGCACCAUGUUUGAGUCAAAUGCAACGGUUCGCUAGUGGUAGGGAACCGUUGACCAAUUUUGACUGGAGGUCGAUACAAAUUACACCUCAAGAUCAACGUAAGUAUUAUACAGACGAUGAUAGAGGAUAUAGUGACGAUGAUGAUGAUAAUAAUGAUGAUGAAGACGAAGAGAUUAGUCCCUUUUGGACUCCAAUAUUAUUAGGUAGAAGUAGAACAACUAUAUGUUUGGAGCCAAGGAAGGAAAUUAAUUUAUGGAAAAGGAGAACUAUGGUCCAACCUAAGCCUCUCCAAUUACAUUAGUUAAGUUCAUCUUGUUUUUGUUUAAUUUCUUGCUUAAUAAUGUAUGAUAAGUUGUAAAUGAAAAUUCACUCAUUUAAAAGUAGAGUGCUUUGUUUGUA